CAAAAAGGUUUUGUAAGAAGUAACAAAAGAAGGUUCAUUUUUUAUAUCUCAGCUUUUUCUCAUGUCUUCAUCUUUUUCUUCUUUAUUUUUUCUAAUCAAUGUUGAUAAAUUUUAAAAGAGGACAACCCUCACUUGAUAUACUUCCCACCGAACUCUUUCUCAAGUCAACCCAGCAACUAUUUAGUGAGCCUAAUGCAGCUGAAGACGUAUUACAGUAUGGACCAGAAUUGGGUCAUCCAGAAUUCCUUGACAAUUUAGCCAAGUUUUUGACCAAGGAAUACCAAAUGCCUGUAUCAAGUAAGCAAUUAUGUGUCACACCCGGCGCGUCUCUAUCGCUUCAACAUAUUCUCUCUAUACUUACACGUCCAGAUGCUCAGACCAAAUACGUCUAUUUGCAGGAUCCAACUUAUUUUUUGGUUUUUGAUAUUUUUUUAGAUUUAGGAUACCGCCGUGAUCAAUUUGUCAGCGUUCCUGAAGAAGGCGAGGAUGGUAUGGAUAUAAAUGUGUUGGAAGAUCAUCUUCGUCAUCAUUGUAGUAUGCAGAAUGGUGGAAGGGAAAGAGAUGCGAUGAUAUUUGAUUCUGUACUCUAUUGUGUGCCCAGUCAUGCCAAUCCAACUGGGUCUAUUUUAUCAAGCGAGAAAAGAAAACGAUUGGUUGAUCUUGGCAGAAAGUACAAUAUGUUGAUCGUAUGUGACGAUGUUUAUGACGCAUUAACCUAUGAAGGGCCUGUGCCUAAACGCCUUGUUGCAUAUGACCUAGAGGAACCUAAAGAAAAACAUGUGGUUAUCAGCAAUGGAUCAUUUUCAAAACUACUCUCACCAGGGGCAAGGGUUGGAUGGAUUGAGGCGGAUAGUGCCAUCAUUAAGCAACUGGGUGAUAGUGGCUCAUUCAAAUCUGGAGGCUCACCUGCUUAUCUGUCAAGUCAAAUUAUAAACACAAUGAUGAAGCAGGAUGUAUUACAUCAUCAUGUUGCGUACAUACGAGAGGUGCUCAGUGACCGACUUCACAGUGGACUUUGGCAUCCCAUACAGAAGCAUCUAGUUCCACUUGGUUGUCGUGUUACCAUUAAACCCAAAGGAGGAUAUUUUGUCUGGCUUACUCUUCCUUUCAGUGCUGAUAAACUCAUAGACAUCAUACAAACUCACAAGAUAGAACUACAAGUAGGCGCCGGCACGCUCUUUAAUGUAGAAAAGAACGUAGACUGUGAUGUUCGUCUAUGCUUUGCUCAUUAUGACACAAGCACCCUGCAAGAAGGUGUCGAUCGUUUAAAAAAGGCAAUUUUAAUAGGUCUUACAUAAAGUUCAUAUUGUACCACUUUCUCACAUAAGAUCUGUUCAUUUAUCUUGACAU